UGGGAGGGAGAAUGCAGACAGAGGGAGAGCUAAAGGAGCAACUCAUCACUCCCCCCCCCCUUUUUUUUUUUUUUUUUUGCUUUUUGCGGGUGGGAGAGAAAGUGUUUCUCCCAGUCCCAGAUCCCGCUGAGCAAGCGAGCUCCUCCAAUGCUUGGGUGUGUGUGGAAUCUGGAUCCCUGGGGUCUGGAGUAAUCUUGAUCGCAAAAAAAAACAGUGUCUGGGAAAAGGGGAAUCUCGCGCCUCCCGCAAGAGGCAACUGAACAGUCCAGAUCAUGUCGGGGAAAGUAUGUGCAAGGAGGUUCCUAAGUCUAUGGUGAGUCGCUCAAAGACCGGAACGUUCGGCCCCCAGCUCUUGUUCCUGGUCGGAAGGAAGCGGAGGGGCGGACUAAGCGAGCGACGCACAGUUUCUCCCGAGCGAUGGCGGUGCCUGGCGGGGUGUUCCCGUUCCGCGAUGUCCGCUGGGACCCCGACCCGAUGCUGGAAGCCAGCCCAGCCGUGCGCCUGCCGCAGCCAGUUCCUCUGGUGGUGGACAACGGCUCGUUCCAGAUGCGGCUGGGCUGGGCCUGCGCGGACCCCGAGGUGCCCGGCGAGCCGCUGCUCCGCUUCCGCUCCUUGGUGGCUCGGAGUCGGGGAGCCCGCGGCGGAGCCGGCGCCGAGACGCAGGUGGGCAACGACCUGGGCAGCCCCGAGCCCCUCCGCUGGCUCCUCCGCUCGCCCUUCGACCGCAACGUGGCGGUUCAGAUGGAGCUGCAGGAGCUGCUCUUGGACCACGGUUUCCAGCGCCUGGGCGUAUCUUCUCAGGGCUGUGUCGACCACCCAGUUGUGAUAACAGAAGCUGUCUGCAACCCUCUCUAUUCGAGGCAAAUGAUGUCCGAGCUCCUGUUUGAAUGUUACCAAGUCCCAAGAAUUUCGUAUGGUGUGGACAGUUUGUACAGCUUCUAUCACAAUAAAAGACAAUGCUGGCCUUGUAGUGGUCUCAUAGUUUCCUCUGGAUAUCAGAGUACACACAUCUUGCCAGUCUUGGAGGGCAGGUUGGAUGCUAGAAAUUGUAAACGUAUAAAUCUUGGAGGUUGCCAGGCUGCUAUGUACCUUCAGCGUCUCCUGCAGCUGAAAUACCCUGGGCAUUUUGCUGCUAUCACUCUUAGUCGUGUGGAGGAAAUACUACAUGAGCAUAGCUACAUUGCUGAAGAUUAUAGAGAAGAGAUGCAGAAGUGGCGAUCUCCCGAGUAUUAUGAGAACAAUGUCCAUAAGAUGCAGCUGCCCUUUUCAAACAAGCUCCUGGGAAGCACCCUCACAUCUGAAGACAAGCAGGAGAGGCGGCAGCAGCAGCUUCGUCGGCUCCAGGAGCUUAAUGCUCGCCGGCGAGAGGAAAAGCUGCAGCUCGAUCAAGAGAGGCUGGACAGGCUGCUUUAUGUUCAGGAACUUCUAGAAGAUGGUCAAAUGGAUCAGUUUCACAAAGCUUUGGUGGAGCUGAACAUGGACUCUGCUGAAGAACUUCAGUCUUACAUCCAAAAGCUGAGUAUGGCUGUUGAGCAAACUAAGCAGAAAAUCCUACAGGCGGAAGUCAGUGUUGAAGUGGAUGUUGUGGAUAGCAAGCCAGAGACUCCUGACCUGGAUCCAUUGGGUAGUGAACAGUCCAUGGAAGAUGUGGAAAGCAUGAAUGAAUUUGAACCUUUAUUUGCUGAGGAGCAACCUGAAGUUGAAAAGCCAGUGACUACAGUACAGCCUGUGUUUAAUCUGGCAGAGUAUCAUCAGCUCUUUCUUGGCACUGAAAGAAUCAGAGUUCCUGAAGUUAUUUUUCAGCCAUCCUUGAUAGGAGAAGAGCAAGCUGGACUAGGAGAAACAAUGCAGUUUGUUCUUGAGAGGUAUUCUAAAGAGCAGCAGGAAAAGCUUGUCCAGAAUGUCUUCCUUACUGGUGGAAACAUGAUGUAUCCUGGAAUGAAAGCCAGAAUCCAGAAGGAACUGCUUGAAAUAAGGCCAUUCCAGUCAUCUUUUCAGGUGCACCUUGCUUCCAAUCCUGUGCUAGAUGCAUGGUAUGGAGCUCGAGAUUGGGCACUGGAAUACAUGAACCGUGAAGAAGGCUGGAUUACUAGAAAAGAUUAUGAAGAAAAAGGUGGAGAAUACCUUAAAGAACACUGUACUUCCAACAUCUAUGUACCUAUUCGUCUACCAAAGCAGACUCCACGGACAGCUGAAGCUGCAGCAUCCAGUAAAACACUGGGGUCUGCUCCAAGCAGUGCCUCUGAGCAGGCAUAGUAUGCAGACUGUGAGGGUAUUCUGACCUCAAGACAGGAAUCAUAAUGUGUUAUGGAGAGUGCUUUUCAAAGCAAGAAGAGAGCUGCCAUUGUGCAGGCCUGGAUGUGAGUUUGUCCAGGUUCUCUGGUUGGACUUAAAUAUCUGGCAGGCCUGUGCAUGGCCCAAAAUGUCAAAUUCCAACAUGAUAUGACCCAACAGUGGAAAUGUUGGGAGGGGCCAGGGCAGUCCUCCCAACUGCCCUGUCAGGUUGGAGAUCCAACAUGUCUGAGUCCCCACUUCCCUGGUGAUGGCUUCAGAAAGAACUAUGAAUCGUAGAAGCACUUGGACCACUCAGGGACCUAAAAGGGCAUUUGAGCCAGGCUGGGGAUGAUGGGAGUUGUGGUUCAACAACAGCUGGUGGGCCAACUUUGCCCACCCCUGCUUUAAAGUAAAGGUAGCUGUUUGCUCCCUACUGAGCAAAGAGAAUGGGAGACUGCCUGUCUCCUGGGCCUACCCAGUCCCAGGUAAGGGAGGCGGAGAAGGCAAAGAAGGAGGGGUCCAACAGAGUUCCCGAACAAUAGGAGAGCAGCUUCUGACAGUUCUGACUUUUGGAGGGUCCCUGCUGACAUUGCAGACCUCCCUCUGAUAAUGCCUAACAGGGCAUAUUGCAUCCGUGUGUUUGAUCCAAUGCAAUUCACAGCCCUAAUAGUUGGCAUCUCGGGUAGUGAGUCACGAUUCUUUAUAUACUUAAUGAAGCAUCUAGGUUUUUAUCCUGUCGUGAGGCAUCUUAAGUGCACUGUCUCUUUAUUGUUGCCAUCAAUGAAUUGCAGGUACUACAUCAGUUACAGGUGUAAAAAAAGUAAUCGGAUAUUUCAAAGAAUGUUUAUUGGCCUCAUUGAGGCUGACAAAUUGUAAAGGCUAUGAUUUAUAUUACUAUCAAAAAAUGUAAAUAAAGUCUUGGAUUUCUCAUGA